AGGACCCAGGUAGCGACGGAGGUGCCAGCCGGCUUGUCUUCGGCUGCCGCAGAGCUCCGGAGCCAGGCGGGCAGCGCGGCUGGCCGGAAGGCCGCACGGUUGGCCGGAGAUCCGCGAAAGGUCCUCUAAGAGUCAGGGGAGCCGGGGAGGCUCGGAUUUCUCCCCCUUCCUAGGGGCGCAGAUUCCCCUCCGAUGAGCAUCCCGGGGUCUCCUUGAGACCAGCCGCCCGCAGAAGCGACCUCCGCCGCAGCAGCAGCGCCAGCGCCGCCGCAAUCAUGGGCAACCGGGGCAUGGAAGAUCUCAUCCCCUUGGUCAACCGCCUGCAGGAUGCCUUCUCCGCCAUCGGGCAGAAUGCCAACCUGGACCUGCCCCAGAUCGCCGUGGUUGGGGGGCAGAGCGCCGGCAAGAGUUCCGUGCUGGAGAAUUUCGUGGGGAGGGAUUUUCUGCCCCGUGGAUCAGGAAUUGUCACCCGACGCCCCUUGGUUUUGCAGCUGGUUAAUGCCACGACUGGGAGAGUCAACAGCCUGCAGCUCUCCGGUUGCCCCGAUGCUGACCCUGAUUCUCACGCUUCCUCCUCCAAUUUGGCUGCUGGAGGGGAGCCGGCGGCCGACAGACCACAAUACUCCUCCUCUUUUUCUUUAGUCCUAAGUCUGACCCUGGUGGACCUUCCCGGGAUGACCAAGGUCCCAGUUGGAGACCAGCCAGUAGACAUUGAAUUCCAGAUCCGUGAAAUGUUGAUGCAGUUUGUCACCAAAGACAACUGCCUGGUCCUCGCGGUCUCUCCAGCCAACAGCGACCUGGCCAACUCCGAUGCCCUUAAGAUCGCCAAAGAAGUUGACCCUCAAGGCCAACGUACCAUUGGCGUCAUCACCAAGUUGGACCUCAUGGAUGAAGGAACCGAUGCGCGAGAUGUUCUGGAGAACAAGCUGCUUCCACUAAGAAGAGGUAAAGGUCCUUCUCUUGUGGUCUUCACGAGCCUUGCUUUCUUUUCUCCUCCCUUCCCACCAAACUUUUUCAUUUAUUUAAUUUUUUUACAAAUAUAUCAAAUCAAUUCGCGGACAGUGUAGAGUAUCGUACAUUCUAAUACAAGUAAAGCAGCUAAAGCUAAUCACAAUUAUUACAUUCAAUCCACUUAACGUUUUUCUAAUAAUAAUACAGAUUUAUAUUAGGUUGAAAUCUGUCAUUAUUCAAUUAUUCCAUGUUUUCUCUGGUUGUUGCUUUUACUUUAUUAUACUAUAUAAAAAUGUAGACACUAAUAUUCCCCCUUCUCUUAU